CCAGUCGUGAUCUGAUCUCACAAGUUACAUCAAGAUCAAAGCCGAUGCCGCCAAAAAUUUAAGCCGCUUCAUGGAGAACUAGCUCGCAUAUACCCUUCUGUCUGAAACGCAACGGCACUGACAUCUCCCUUCUGUCCUUUGCCAUCGCAAGAGCUUUUGCUGGUGCCGGCGUCAGGAACAGACGAGCUACCAGCGACGAUGAUGCCAUCCAGCCCCGUCGGCAUCGGCGCGGCUGGCGUGCGCAUCUCGCUGCUGAAAAUCCUCGAGGGCUUCACCAACCGCGAGCUCUACCUGAUCCACCAGCUGUACCAGAUCCAGCUGUUCCUGAACUGGCAGGCCGACAAGUUCGGCGCCCGCGGACUACGCGCCGACGAGUGGAUCGUUUACGCGUGCGACUUCUUCGAGCCCGUCUUCCGGCUCCUCCACGAGGAGGGCGCCUCGGACUACAAGAACCAGCUGGCCGUCCUCGGCCUCGCGCCGUCGCGCGUCUUCCCUUUUGCCUGGUCUCUCAUCCGCCCGGACGCGGCCGACCAAGAGGCGUGCGACCACCUCGCCGACACCGUCGUCGGCAUCAUAUCCGAGUCGGCCCUGCUCUUCCCCGAGAUGAAGCCCUACCAGCGGUCGUCGCUACUCGAGGUCGACGGCGAGGGUUGCAGAGAGCGCGUGGCCGAGUUCCUCACCCGCAGCCGGGCCACGGGCGAGCUUUCGGGCGAGCCCAGGGAGAGGCUCCUCCCGGACGGCGAGCCACUCAAGGUGUCCGAGUGGGUCGAGGACGUGAGCCUGGGGCAAGACAGUGUAAACCAGUGGAUCGACCCGUCCCCCGUCCCGAGCCUCGCCCAUGGGGGGCGCACCUCGCAGGCCAGCGGCCAUAUACAAACAGACUGGCCGUCGCCCUCAGACUGGGACUGGGACGACCAGGCCGCGGGCCACUUGGCCGCGCGCGACCCGCUGGCCACCUUCGUCUUCGACCCGGAGCACAGGAACCCCACGCACGAGUGGUCCGUGGUCGAGCCCGACGGCAUCGAGUACUUCACCAGCGCGCCCAGCUUCUGCGCCAAGCUUAGCGGCCUUGCGGCGCAGGGCGAGCUCGAGGACGGGUCCGGGUCCGGGUCCGGACCCGGCAGCGGCGGGCUGCUGCCCCUGGGCUCCCGGCUGCAGGGCAUGCUGCGCGGCUCGGCGCUGUGGUGGCUCGUGUGCGAGUGCGGCGAUGCCGAGCGCGACCGGCUGCGCGGGUCCGUCUUCGCCUUCGUCAACGCGCUGCAGCGCCGCUUCCCCGUCCUGUUCGCGUCCGAGGCCCGCAAGGCCUUCAACGACGCCCCGGCCCUGACCGACCGGCUCGUCUGCGGCUGCUCCGACCUGCUGCGCAUGCACGCCCUCCGCCUGUGCUGCCUGGCCCAGACGGCCGGCAUCGCGGACCAGCCCGCCACAUAUGUCCGCAUCUGGGAGCUCAUGGACGGCCGCCUGCAACAGUUCUUUGACCGUCCGGACCCGGAGGCGGGCGACUACGACGCCUUUGUGGCCAUCCUGGACCGGGGGCUCCGCCGCGCCAUCGUGGGGGAGAAGGGCCUGCUGGAUUCGGUCCACGCCCGGGAGAAGGCGGCCAAGGAAGGCGGCCCGGUCGGCGGCGAGCCCGAGGAUGACGGCGGGCGCAGCACCAACGCCUCGGUUCGGAAGGGAGCGUCCGUGUGGCCCUGCAGCUCAUGCGCGGGGAAGAACUCGGGGGAGAAGACGGGAAAGGGAAGCUCCGGAUCCGCCCAGUCAGGGUUUCGUCUCCUCCCUUGGCGCUUCUUGCCCCUGGACUCGGGCGCAUGACCGGCGCUCUACUUGCUCUGAUUCGACAGGGUUGUCGCUUGACCAGGAAUGGCCGCCGCUCUGGUAAGAAGAUUGAGGUGGAAUGAUACAACGAACGAGGCUUUUUCCCUGUACACCCUCGGACUCGCAGCCUUGCCACCAUUGUCUUUUCACCUACCGCUAGUUUUCGUCUCUCUGUUCACAUGCUUUCCAUCUGGAGCCACCAUCCUAUUUGCGAAGAUACUCGGCGUUAUUUGUUGCUAUUCUUGUAUUGCUUUCUUCUUUAUCUAGUAGGCACCGAUUUUUCCUGCCUGGGAGCUUCCAAGUCAUCCAGGGCUGGCUAUCACCAGUCCAUUGUCACAUAGCAGAGCCACAUAGUAUUCAGAUGUAUGAUCCAACCUGCUCCUUGGUGCG